GGAAAUCGUUCGGAAAUCCCUUCGGGAAAUCGAAUACCUAGGUGUCUCUGGUUAAAAAGCUAUGCAACAUAGCUCUAACAGUAAAAACACAUUCAUUAGGUCUUUUUAGAGGAAAAUGAUUUUUAAACCAUUUAAAAGCCAUCAGUACCACAUAAUCUUUUCCAUCUUCUAGCAAGCACAAUCAUGCCGAUAUCAAUCCUUUAAUGCAAAAGCUGCGGUCAGUUGUCACAUUACACGGCUCCUUAUCAGAAUUAUGGAAGAAUUGACUACGGAACCGCAGCCACCGCUGGCGGCCACAAGACUCCGAUCGGUCCGGUUAAAUGUGAAAGAUGGGAUUUCACGUAAGAGGGCUGGGUUCCGACGAGUCUCUAAUCGCUGCAUGAUCGCCUGGAUCGCGGCGCUGUGCUUCACCAUUAUGAUGAUGACGAGCAUCAGCAGCGUCAGUUCAUGGUCGCACACGCGGCAGAGGACCAGCGGCGGAGGCAUCGCCAGCUGGCUUCAGGCGGUUAAGACGCACGUCCGGUCGCUGGCAGCGCUAGGGCAGGCGUCCAGCAGCAUCACCAAACCUCCGUUAUACCCGCCUGGCUUCCAGCUCUCCAACCUCAACAACUUCACCUUCGUCAUCAACAACGACGUAUGCGGUAACGAUCCGGUCGACAUAGUGAUGGUGGUGACUUCAGACACGCGUCGGCCAUCGUGGCGGGCCAAAACUCGCGCAGCACUGCCGUCGUCCGUACUAGCAGAGGUGCGUGUGCGACGCGUAUUUCUACUGGCCGAGUUGGCGCCACCGGACAACAUCAGCCAAGAGUACGACCAAAGAGUGGCAGCGCUGCAGGCCGAGAACCAUGAGUACGAAGACCUCGUUGUAGGAAACUUCCGCGACGCCUACCGCAACCUCACCUUCAAACAUCUGAUGGGCCUGCACUGGGCUACCGCUUACUGUCCGCAGGCGCGCUUCAUUGCCAAGAUGGACCAUGACAUUGUGGUUGAUGUAUUUCAGCUGACACGUCGGUUGGCUGCGCUUCCGGCUGGAGUGGCAGACUCGAACACAGCGAUAGGAACCGUGUACGGGGGCACAAAGCCCAUUCGGGAACCCCCAACCACAAAGUGGUACGUCUCGAAGGAGGAAUACCCGGAAGAUAGCUUCCCAGACUACAUGUCUGGAUGGCUAUAUCUGAUCACCCCAGAUGCAGCUGCCAAGAUCGUAGUCGCUGGUAACAAGCAGCCCUUCUUCUGGGUGGACGAUGCCUUCGUCACGGGGGUGCUGCGGCACCGUGAGGGGCUCGACAUAAAUAUGAUCGACUAUGAACGUUUGUGGAUGUUUACGGAAAACGACCAGCGCUUCAGUGCCUUUACCAUGGAGAUGACUUGCGUCUACGAGUGCGCCGCUGAAGUCCAGGCCUCAGUCUCCCACUGCAACAUGAUGAUCGGACCUGUUGGGGACAACAGCGUGCUGCUGCGACUCUUCUACCAGCACACCCUGUACUGCCACAGACAUGGCUGUACGCUACGCAGUCCCCAGCCACACGCCUGCGCUCACCACAGCUGGGGUAGCAAGCGUGUGAACAUGCCCAGAGACGAAGAAGACCUUGGUGACGUCACCAGCUAGCGAGUCGCCAGCAGAUCAUGCUGCAGACCCAGCAGAAUGUUGUUGGCAUUGCCGAACUUGAGCCGCUAACGGCGUCGAGCCAGCGACUAUCCAUUGUCCCGGCUGAGCGAGCGGUAGGGACGGUCACCAGCCCGCUGCCAAGAAAAUGGCAGCGACCGUACGUGGAGAACUGUAGGGGGAUGUGGGUGUUCGGGCAAUGCCAAGCCAUCGCCCCAGUGCGCCUACUUGGCUUUGGGGUCGCAGCAGACGGCCGAAGUCUAGGUCACCCACGCUGGGCGGCAGAGUUGCGGUGCUCGAGCACCCACAGCUCCUCACAACGCUCCACGUAUGGCAGCCACCGGGGAGUGGACAAAUAACGCGGGUCUAUAGAAAUCCCAUCAAACCCUUCCUCAGCCGCGGCCAUCGUCCACCGCAGGACCGCAAGGAGAGAAGAGAAGCAUAAUCGAUUGUUCAAUCCGCACGCAGUUUUGCCUGAUCCAAGAAGUAUGUGGGCACCAUAGUGAGGCACUGAAGCUGACUGUCUAACUGUUGAAUAAGGGACAUAGAAGUCUCCCACAAUUAUGUUCAUUGUUCAAUGUCAGUUAGGUGUCGCAGGCGGUAGUGUGCUAUUGCACGCCAUACUGAUCAAUGUGAUAUCUUUUCCGCUUUUCAUUGAAUACAGAGCCACGUAUCUCGCCCGCAGAGCGAGGUACGGUUGUUGUUUUUUUU